GCAUUGCAUUCUGGGUAAAUUGUAAUCUCCGGAAAACUUUCAAGAGCGCCUGCGUGGGCUGGUUCUUUCCUUUUCCUUCGUUGGACCUCUGAAGGCAAGAUGGGGCACCAGCAGCUGUACUGGAGUCACCCGCGAAAAUUCGGCCAGGGUUCCCGCUCUUGCCGCGUCUGCUCGAACCGCCACGGUCUGAUCCGGAAGUACGGGCUGAACAUGUGCCGGCAGUGUUUCCGCCAGUACGCAAAGGACAUCGGCUUCAUAAAGUUGGACUAAGCGGCCUUCCUAGAAUGGAAUAUUCCAAGAUCAUCCAGUGAAAGAUCAUGCUAGUUCUUUGUACAUAAAUAAAUUUUGAAAUCUUCAA